AUGGCUGAGCAAAAUAAUGAACUAUUGAUGAAAAAUCACGAGGCCCGUCCCACUGGUACAACUCCAUUCCCAGAAGUGAAUGUGGCAAGGCACGACCACUAUAGGAAAAAUCGUGGUCGCGGUCGUGCAUACGCACGUGGUCGUGGUCGUAAUUAUGCUCAAGGUCUUGGUUUUGAUCGUGGUCGCAAUGGGAAUCAUAAAAACACAUAUUUCCACCCGAAGUGGAAAAAUGUUGAAAAGAAUGAAAAAGAGGGUCAUUGGAGUCGCACUUGUCGUACUCCAAAACACCUUGUUGAUCUUUAUCAAAAAUCACUGAAAAAUAUAAAGGAAAGGAUCGAAACUCACUUUGCUGAUGAAGAUGAUGAUCCAGAUUACGGUAAUAUGGAUGUUACCCAUUUAGAUAUUGGUGACUUCUUUGCUGAUCCAGAUGGAAAAAUUGAUCACCUAAUUGGAGAUGGAAGCGUCAAGAAAUAA